AUGUGCAUCCAAAAAAUCCCCACGCCUCUUCCCUUGCUGCAUAGCACUUCUCAAAUUGACUAUCUCAACACUUUUAUCAAACGACGAAUCGUCAUUCUCCUCAAACCCUGCAUCACUAUCCAUAAACUGAAGUGCCGACUCCUGCCUCUCAACCGGCUUAACCACCACGUCCUCAUGCUUGACAAACUUGGACCUUUUAAAAAAGUCAUCCAACUUAAACUGCAGCUUGACUAUGGGUUUCAUGACAAAGAGAAAAGUACAGGGAUUUGUUGUGACUUUUUCUUUUUUUUUUUUUUUUUUGCAACGCGAUUUGUAAACACACCAGAUCAAACAAUUCCUUUUUUUUUUUUCCGGUUUUCACACACAAAAUCUUCCAACACAUACCACAACUUGAAACAACACCCACCAAUGUCCAACUCUUCACCCAAACGACAGAGCGUAUUCACCAAGGGUAUGAAGAAACUACAAAAGUCAAAAUCUUUACUAAAUUUCAGUCUGGAAUCCAUAAACGAACCACCCCCUGAAAACUUUUCCUUAGACCCCAAGUCCAAUAUCAACACUAUAGGGUUGAGUCUUGUCGGUUAUGGCCUUUCGAACGACCACCUACCUCCACCAAAACAACACCCCAUCUCCGAACCCGAUUCACCUAGUCGAACAACUUCCCCGAAAUUGCAUGUCACCACCAAAUUCAACACCAAGCAACGAGUAGAGUCGUUCCAAACAGCUGCCAAUUUCAAAAACCAAAUACCCCCAGACGAAAUCGUCGACCAGUUGUUUGAAAAACUAUUGUCCAUUCGAGUAUUCCCCAACGAAGCACUCUACUCGUUAAAGAAACAACCAGUCGAAAGAAAAUGGGAGCUCUUGCUACGAGAACACGAAACCAACCACCACUUUGACCUCAAAAAACUAUCAAAACAAGCUGCCGAUAAAUUCCUAGCUAACCGAGAUAAGUUUCAAGAACACGAGUUUUUGAUGAUGUCCCGUGGAAAUACCCAAGAACCCAAACAGAAAUUGAAACCACUAAGAAUCGUAUCUGGCGGACAAGACGAGGAAGAAGCGUACAUGUCAUCCCCCAGCGAUUCCAGCAAAACAGUUACAGUGACCAAACUUGUCCAUGACGAUUCCAACACAAGCAAGCUAUCAAUCGAGUCUGGCGGCUCUUCUGGUGCACCAACAGAAACAGAAAGCUUAUUAGGGUUGGUCAACAAAAAACUCAAACUCAGAGAUGGUUCCCCAGAUUGGUAUGUCUCACGAAUCAUGGCCAACAAGCUCUCCCUUAGAGACUGCAAGAAAUUAGAACGCAAAUUGGUGGAAAACAGCCUCGUCAAACAAACUGGCGUGACCUGGACCCAAGGGUUUAUCAACGCCCAAGGUGAAACGGCCCUUUCAGUGGUGUUGACAAAAAUCAACAAGAAAAGCAUUAAAUCCAACGAAGAGUUCGACAAGGAGUAUCUUAUAGUGAAAUGCUUAAAGCACAUCAACUCAGAAAAAGAGACCCAGCCGUUAAAGGAAAAAGUGUAUGUCGUCAAGGCAUUGGUGUUUUUGUUAGUGUCGCCCAGACUUACAACCCGAAUUUUGGUAACCGAAGUCUUGGUCAUGUUGAUGCUCCAUCGCGAUAAAACUUUAUGGAAAAGCGCAUUAGAAGGGUUGAGCAACUUGCAAGACAGAAAUGGCGACUAUGUGAUUUUCCAGCCAUGGCUAAAUGCAUUUGAAGAAACAAUCAUCAAAUACUCAUGGAGUCAGAACAAAGCUGGCGAAUUGUCAAACCUCAAAAACUACGCAACAAUUACCUUGAUCUUGAUUAAUUCCAUGGUCGACAUCUGCACCUCUUUAAAGAGGCGUAUAUCAAUUAGACGGGAUUUCGGAAACGCCAGAAUCCUAAACAUCUUUGAAAAGCUUGCCCAGAUCGAGGAUACAAGAAUUGACAACGAAAUAGAAAAAUACGAAAUGUACGCCGAAGAGGAUUACAAUGCAUACAUCGAAGGUAAGAACAAGCGCAACAGCAAGCAAUUGCCAAAUAUACCAAAACCUACAUUCAAGCAAUUACAGGUGUCUGACUUUAUAGAUAUAGCCGAGCCAGUUGUUGAAUCCACAACUCCCGAAACAUCAACACCAGAAAACUUGAAGGAAACAUCUUUCGAGGAGCUUUCAUUAGAAGACAACUUUUUUGCCAGCGAAUCCGACUCAUUUGAUGAAGAGAAAAGUUUCAUGACAAAACUUAAAGAAGCCGAAGAUAUAGAAUCUGAUGGGGCAAUGAAAAGUGUUUUACAAAGAUUAAUGAAGUUGAAGCGGAGCGAAAGAUCAACCGAAGACGUACACAAAAUGCUAGUCUUGGUAGACUCAAUGUUGCAGCAUGUCACGAACGAGUCUCGUGUUGUAGGGACAGACGCCCAUUCAGUAUUGAACAUCACCAUCCAGAAAUUGAUGGACCGUCUAUCGACAGAAGAUAUGGCCCGCAGAGCUGUUGCUGAAUCAAAAAAGUUGUCACGUCAAUUGGAGUUGGUUAUGGAGGAAAAGCAAUCGCUUGAACGAGAGUUGGAGACAAACACGGUUGACACGAUUCGCGAAUUAAAGAAAGAAAACUAUUAUCAGACCGAAUUGAUUGCCACCCAGGAACGCCAAUUGUCGAAACUACAACAAGAGGUUGAGCAGUUGCAGCAACAAAACGAAACAGCAUUUCACAACCCGCCAAUUGUUGAGCCAGCUGGUCAACAGGAUUUUGGAAAUGGUACAAUAGCUACAUUAAAGGACACUUCGUCUAGCCCGUCAAAACGUCCACCUACACCUCCAGGAUUAUACACAGACAAGGGUCAACCAAAUAGUAUCCCAGCGGCUCCGCCAAUCCCAGACUUAGUAAAGGGCCCACCGCCACCACCAUCCAUGGACACAGCUAGCCCUGCUGCACCGCCUCCGCCACCACCACCACCACCACCACCACCACCACUCCCGCCGUUCAUGGGUACACCUAGCCCUGAUGCACCACCUCCGCCACCACUUCCACCGUUUAUGGGUACACCUAGCCCUGCUGCACCACCACCACCACUCCCGUCAUUCCUCGACAACUCAAAACCACCUGCGGGCCCACCACUCCCACCACCAAUGCCAGGGUUAUUGCAACCAGGCAAAGUAAAGGAACUUGGUGUCUUAUUCAAGGAAAAACAUAAACCUGAACCAAAGCAUGGAAUCACAAAAACCAAAGCUGACGUGGUCCCUUCAAUCAGACCCAAAAACAAACUAAAACAAAUGCAUUGGGACAAGUUGGAAAAUAUCGAGAAAACAUUCUGGAAUAAUCUUGAGGAUUCAGUAUUGUCAAACAAAUUAAUCGAGCACGGUGUUCUUGGCGAGGUCGAACAAGUAUUUGCUGCAAAAACUGCCACAAUCAAAAAGAAAAACAACGCCGAAUCUCAACCACAGCCAACGAAAAAAUCCUUCCUUUCGAGAGACUUGUCACAACAGUUUGGUAUCAAUCUACACAUGUUUGCCAAUCUCAGCGAAGAAAAACUUGUCUUGAAAGUAUUAAGGUGCAACUCGGAAAUUCUUGAAAACACAAGUGUGCUUGAAUUCUUCAACAACGAAGCAUUGGUAGAGCUAAGUGAUAGUUUAUUUAGAAACUUGGCACCAUACUCAACUGACCCCAGAACUCGAAAGAAACCAAUGAAAAACCCUGACGAAUUGGAAAGAGCCGAUAGAAUUUUUUUGGAGUUGUGCUAUAACCUCAGACACUAUUGGCGAUCGAGAUCGCGUGCAUUGUUGUUUCUGCAAACAUACAAAAAAGAUUACGUCGAUUUAAUGAAAAAGCUAAACAUUGUUGAUGAAGCGAAUGCUGCCUUAAAAAAAUCUGAGAGCUUGCAAAAUGUUUUGGGGAUUAUACGUACUGUGGGUAACUUUAUGAAUGACGACGCCAAGCAGGCAUUGGGGUUCAAGUUGGAUACAUUGCAACGACUCAAGUUCAUGAAGGACGACCAGAACUCAAUGACAUUUUUGCAUUACAUUGAAAAGAUUGUUCGUCACUCCUUCCCCGAGUACGGCUCGUUUGUUGAUGACUUGAACGUUUUAUCGACAUUGCACAAUAUAUCAAUCGAACAGUUGGAGACCGAUUGUGAGGAAAUGUCGCGGUCCGUCAAGAAUAUCACCGACUCGUUGGAAAGAGGUAAACUCAGCAACAAAAAGGACUUGCACCCUGAAGACCGGAUCCUCACUACAAUCAGCUCGCCUAUGCUAAAUGCAAAGAACAAAAACGCCAUGUUGCAAUCCCAUUUGAAACGCACAACAGGAGAGUUAAACUCGUUAAUGACAUUUUUCGGUGAAAACCCAAAAGAUUCAACUGCUAGAAAUACAUUCUUUUACAAGUUUGUCACAUUUAUCAGCGAGUACAAAAAGGCCCAUGUUGAAAAUAUCCAAAGAGAAGAAGAGCAAAGAACAUACGAAAUCCGGAAAAAGAUCUUGGAGGAUAAAAUCGCCAAAAAGGAAAAGUCGAAAGAAGGCCUGGCCGAGCCAGAAGCUGUGGUCGACACAGCAGAAGAGUCGUCGGCGGUGAUCGACUCCCUUUUGGAAAAAUUAAAGUCCACCACCCCCGUUACCACCAACCGAACCAAGAUAAGAAACAGACGAAGCAAGGCUUUAUCGUUCUACAGCACCUCAGAAAACCCGCUACUUGAGUUGGAUAGAGAAUUCGCCAACACCAAAUACGAAAGUGUGAAUAAUCUAAAACGACGCAUGACAACACGAAAAGGGAUUAUCGAUGGCGACACCAGCCCUAAAAGCGAACAGUUUAUGCUGAGAGCUCAAGCAAUGCUACACCAACUCAGAAAAGAAGAAGAAUAA